AUGCACCAGCAGGUGACCGUCUGCGUCGCGACAGACGGCAAUCAGGGCAGGGGUCUCGCGUAUGGAGCGAAAGUCUUUGGAUGCCGCUCUGUCGACUAUGUCCACAGCCAUGUCAGCCCCGAGCGUGCCAAAGCGAUGAUGGAUUUUGGCGCGAUUGUGAUCCGAAUCGACGGAGAGUACAAGGCGUCUGUGGACCGGGCCAAAGAGGACGCGCGGACCAUCACCCACGUCUUUGUCUGCGGGGGCGUGGGCAGUAUUGCCGCAGCCAUCUUCAUGGGCUUCUACAAUCGGUUUUGCGAGAUUGAAAAACCGUGCCGCACCGUGAGGCUUCCGCGCUUCGUGGUCGUUGAACCAGCCGAGGCAGACUGCUUGUUUCAGAGCGCAAAGGCAGGAGAGAUGCGACUGGGCGAGGGCAACCUCCAAACUCUAAUGGCUGGGCUUGCGUGCCGGAGCCCGUCGCCUGCUGCUUGGAAGAUCCUCAACUGGCUUGCUAGCGACUUUGCUGCUGUGCCUGAUUCUGUUGCGAUUGAUGGAAUGCGGGUGUUGGCAGAGGGUAAGCAUGGCGAUGUUCCGGUUGUUUGUGGGGAAUCAUCGGCUGCAAAUAUAGGCGUUCUGCUAAAAGCUGGUAGUGACGAGGUCUUGCGUGAGAGACUUGGUCUCAACGAGAACAGCCGGUGCGUGAUAUUUGCCCUGGAGGGCGCAACAGAUCCCAAGAUUUACAAGGACCUUGUGGGGAAAUCAACUAAAGAUGUGUUCAGAGUACAGGGUGAAUUCUUGGAACAAUGA